CCUUGAACGACGAUUCAGCCUUGCAAGGUCCGCGCCGCAUCAGGUCGACGAUAGUUGCAUGUUCCUGUGCCAUUGUGAGACAAGAUACGUUCGCGAAAUAUGCUUGCGUUGCUCAUGUCCAACGCAAGUUUGCAUCCUUUUUGGCAGAAUCCCCUCUGAACAAUCGUAUGUUUGCAGCAUCAUGUGCACAUAUGGAGUUCAAGGGGAAUGAGACCUACCACAGAUUGAGUUCAACCUCUAUGAUCACGAUACAAUUACUAGCGUGUUUUUGAGCCUCAACGUAGGGCUGUCAAUUGGCUCGAAGUGCCGCAGUGCAUGUUUUCAAGAGACCAGAAGAUACAUAUGCACCUGUACAUUUAUGGACAGCUGGUGCUCGAACCACAUGAGACAACAUGUGUUAUCUGUAUGUUCCAGGAACAGCAUCAACUCGCUGCGGACACUAGUAAACGCAACUGUAGCCAAGAGGACACAGCCAGCAAGUAAAGUGACGCCAUUGAUCAGGUCUCAUCUCGCAAAACGCCAUCGCUCCGACAGCCCUGUUAUUUGGCGUCCCACGGAUUCAAUGGUUCCGUCCACUAACACGGACCGCAUGCAGCCUCGGAGAGAGUCAAGAAUGGGCUGGAUGGAUAGGAAGCUAGGGGAGGCAAGAAAGUUUCCAUUUGGACCUUGACCCUAAUAAGCGACGAAAAUGUUUAGGUAAUUUAGCCUAAGCUUAGGGGACUCUUUACUGUGUUUAUUUUGGCAUCCUCCUCUAAAAUCCCUUAAGUUUUCUUAUGCACCAACAUCGGGAGAGGGAUCAAUCAUGGGCUCAAAUCAACCAACUAAAUUCUGGCUCUUAUAUCAUGUUACCAAGACUUGGGUCGAAGAGGCAAACACUUGAGCUCAAACCGGUAUUAGCAUCCAAUGUUAUGCCAUUCGGCCGAGAAUAGGACCGUUGGACAAUAUUCAUCUUCGGGUAGCGCUCUUGUAACAGAAAUGUCUCGUUUGAACCUUGAACCACCUAUCCGUACCGUACCGGGACGGGAGAAGAUGGCAAGCUUGACUCCAUGGCUAACUCGGCAAUCAUUCAUGCGAGCAACCCAUGCCAUUGGUACGUUUACACUCACUGAAACGUGAACAUGGGAGACUAUGUUUGCGCUGUCAGAUUCAGAUGCAAGUUGAAAUUGGGAGUUGAAUCCUCCCGACAUGGUACAUGGAUGAUACUGCAGGGCCUAGCAAAUGGAAUGCAUGAGAAUCGAGAAAGUUUAGAAACCUCGGACCGCCAAGGUCAGGCUGGAUAGGAAGCUACUAAUUCGAUAAGCGUCAAUAAAACAUCAGGCAAAAGCUCUAAUGUGCGGGGGAUGGCCAACCGAAGCGCGCCGCUCCACACCCCAGACAGUUGGGAACUGGGGAAAUGCUGCCUUUUGGCCCGACCAAGCAUGAAAGCGUGAAGCAUGAAGGAUGGGGAUGGCCGUAUAUAGAAAGUCACCGCUGCCGCCAUUGCAGGCAAAGUUUGCUGUUUAUUAUUUGUUUGCUUCAUUGCUUGUCUGACCUGAAACUGCUGUGCUGCACAUGCACAGUACAGUACAUACAGUUUGCUCUCUUUCCUCGAUCUCGUAACAGAUCAAUCCACUCUUGCUCAAUCUCGACGCAACUAUCCGAAUAUUGCUGUUUGGUGAGAGUUUAUCAACCAUACCGACUCUGGGAACUGUACGCGUCCCUGCGGCGCUACCUGUCACCUUUUGAUAAGGACAAACGGCUAUCACAUCACAUCGCAGGGACUGUUUGUUGCCAGCCAGCGAACGCCAUCAUAAAAAAGCUGGUUGCACCAGCGGAUCCAAGGUCGCGCCAGCACAGACGCCUUAUCCACCAGACUUCAGCAUAAAAGCCAUCGACGACAUAGAGAUAAUGACGUUGGCUUCUGCUUGGGCAGUCAGGCACAAUCACGAAACCAGCUUAUGAAGGGUCCACGCACGACCAACAACGUUUGAUAUCACGGUUGCAAACCGUUUCGGCACUCGAUAUUCGCAUCCACAUCCACAUCCACAUUUGCUUCCCACCCAUCACGUUUGCGCGAAUUACGGAUAGUAUCUUCAGCGUAACGCUGGCCGAUGAAGAAACCCUGCUCUUCGAUUUAGGCGACACCUCUGAUCAGACAAGCGUCAACAAAAGGGCCAAGCAACCAAGGGCCUUCUGCUACUGUUGCUUUUACUGCCCCUGCAUGGUCCGGGACCCAAUCCGGCAACCAUCCGGACUUGAUAACCCAGUUCCGCGGGCCAGAGAAGGGUUCUAGAAGGGUCAAAAGUGCUCCCGACCGGGGGCCGGGAGAUUUGCUGUAGGUACCGUUUGGCUUACCAUCGCGGGUCGUUGGACUUGUGUGUGGUUCAGUCCAGUUCGUCAGUUGAGCAGCAAGUGUGUUUGCUAGCGGCGGUGGAACUGGAACACAAUUAUUUUACCUAGUGGCACCCCUGUUAGACCACUCACCACCCCUUACCCUUCCCCAUUCACCAAAGUUAUCCACCGGAAAGCUUGCGCCAAAGAGUAUAGUAUAGCGGCAUAGCCAGCAAUGUCGGAAUGGAGCGGAUUUUACUACGCUUCUGCCAACCCCUUACCCACCUUUGCUCGCCGUGCAAAGGCUGCUGAAAAGGAGCGGCAGCGCCCUGAAACUCCUCCUCGAUCCAAUUCGGAUUCACACGACAUUGCCCCAAACUCCAGCCGCGCAAGACGUCCUUUUCGCCAUACGAGGACGUCUAGUGGGAGUCAGGGUAGUCGUUCCUCGCACGACUCGUCGCUUGUGCAUUCCACAACCAGCCCCAAUACCAAAAACGGCCCCGCCCAGGCAGAGGACGACUCUCAUUACUCGCACUCAAAACUGUUAUCAUCUGACUCGCGCCAACAAUCUUCGAAGCCAGUAACGACUACGACCACAACCAAGACUGCCUCGAUUUCCAAUAAACAUCUCCCUAGCAAGAGUCUCACCAGCGGAGGUGCAUCGCCGUUACACUCGCCUGUUGUCUUCAAUCGGCCUGUGUACGUCGACAAGACUCGACAGCGCGAUCCUCGUCGUCAAUCAUCCGCAGCGACCCCAACAACAAGCUCAGUUGAUCUGAAAAAUGUCACCAUGUACUCCCAGUUGGAUGCAGGCAACAAACUCAUGUCAGGGACGACGAAGCAGGUAAACCUCGACUUUCCUCGAACAGAAUCGGUCUCCUCUACAAGUGGCAACACAACUGUCUCGACACAAACCAUGACCUCGACAGACCACUCCAACUCUGACCCCGCGACAAAGCCUUUCAUCGUUAAAAAUGGCCGCACCUACUACAACGACCCUACGUCGGCGUACCCUCUUCCCACCGACCUUGCUGAGCUCCAUCGCCAGAGCCUGCGGACGCUCUUGAUGAUCCAGGUAUAUGGCGCACCCGUCUACACGCCAUUCAUCCGAAACAAUCCCCCGCAGCGGGUGUUGGAGGUCGGAUGUGGUACAGGAUUUUGGAGCAUGAUGUGCCACCGAUACUACAAGGAGCGAGGUCACAAUGGGAUUCAGUUCACAGGCAUUGACAUCGCGCCCCUGGCCCCUGGCAGUCCUGGAUCCCCUGUCGAGCUGUGCAAGCCAGACAAGGACAUGAAAUGGAGAUUUGUUCAGCACGAUCUUCGACAUCAACCGUGGCCCUUUGCCGACGAAGAGUUUGAUCUGAUCAUGGUCAAAGAUACGUGCCUGAUGGUUCCUAGUCAUGUUUACCAACUUUUUGUGGAGGAGUAUCUUCGCAUGCUCAAGCCUGGAGGAGUGAUGGAGAUCUGGGAUAGUGACCCAACUUUCCGCAUGCUGCGACCUCAUGUUCCAAGCGCAAUGCCCGGAUCAGAAGAAGCAGAAGAACACGAGGCUGCCCUUGAUCUAGGUGCCUAUCUCAUGACUUCUAAAACACCCCUUUCCGCACCACUGAACUCUUUCUUGGUUGAGUACAAUACUUGGCUGUCAAGGACUCUGGAAGGACGACAGCUUUCACCUGUGCCAUGUUCUCUCAUUGGGGCCUUCCUCCACGCUGAAGCAGAGGUGCUCAUGGAUAUCAAGACAAAACGUCUAGCCAUCCCCUUAAGUGAAGUCCGAUGGGAGCGCGAAGGUGUCGGCGGUGUUGUUACCAAGGACGGCAAGUCGUACGUGGAGAUGAAGGCCAAGUCAACACCGCACCAGAAGGUCGAAAAGAAGACCUUGACACCAGGACAAUCUGCGCUUCGCAAGACGGCGCUUUUGACAGUUGCACAACAAGUGUCGGCACUGGAACCUAUCAUCAGAGAAGCGAGCGGCAAAAGCCAGGAUGAGUGGGAUGCGUGGGUAGCUAAGAUGAUGGCGGAUCUGAUGAGCGAGAGCGGGACAAGUUGGGGAGAAUGUUUGGAAUUGGGAGUGUGGUCGUCAAGAAAGCGACCACGCAAGGAGUAAGCUCUGGGAGUCACUGUGGUCAUUGUACCGCAAAAGUAAAGAUGAUCUUCCCACGUGGAUUAUGACGAAUGGCUCAACAUCUAUGUCUCAUGAUAGAUGCAAGACUGGAAUGCUUUCCCUGACACAAUAACUACACACACCCUGGACCUCAACGUCCCAAAGAACCUCGAUCAGCAUCUUCUACAUACACAACAUACCCCCCUCCCUUUUACGCGUUGGCGUCAUAUCGUUUUCUCAAUGUGCGAUACCUUUUCAAGUAGUACCUAUACCCAUAUGAUUAGUAAAAAGCAGGUUGACGGAUAAUGGUUGGGAUAUCAGGAUAAUGUAGCUUUUGGGAUAAAUGAACUUAUUGGCAUGGACUAGAGUGUUUAUGACUGGUGAAUUGUGACGUGCUGGGGUGGUUUGAGUCGGUAUCCGAUGCUUAACGAUAGACGGUGAUACUCGUGGCAUACAACGUAAGCAAUUAAUCAUACUCGCAUAUGAUUUGCAAGUUGUCUCACGAUGUGACCGACGCAAUCCUAAGGAACAAGAACUCACAAUGCUUCAAUUUCUAUCGUAUAGGUUAGCCAAUGUCACCAACCCACUCGAUUCAAAAACCC